UUCCUUUAAAAUUAAAUAGUCGAUACCGCAAAUUUAAAUAGGUUAAACUCAAUCAAUGAUAUUAAAUGGUAAUUUAAAAAUUUAUGCCUAUGAAUUUAUUAUCGCUCGGUAACAUAACCUACAUAUGAAUUACUUUGUAUUUGAAGGCGCCGAUAUUGAUAACAUUAUCGAGAAAUAUCGAUAACAUUGAAAUGUUAUCAAUAAUAUCUUAUCAAUCUCAUUAUUUAAAAAGAGUAAUUAAUGUAGAACAUAACACGUAAACUUAUUAUUUGGAUUAGACUCGUUUAAACUUCAAACCAGUCUAACCUAACCUAAUUGAUAUGUAAUUUUAUCAUUGAAAUUCAAUUACUCUUGUUUGAAGUUAGGUUAGGUUAGAUUAGAUUUAAAGGUAGAACAAAAAUAAUUGAAUGUCAUUUAGACAUUACAGAUAUUAGGGAAUAUAGUGACGUCGGUAUAAAAAAAUUAGAAUAUUUUUAUUUCCUGUAUUAAUUGUUUGCAUAAGCAAAAACAUGGUCGAUUUAUUAGGGAAGGAUAAGGGAAAUAUAUCGUUGUCAGUCAAUCUACAGUCAUGGGAUGAUGAUAAAGAGCAGAGUAAACCUACAAUUAUCAAUACGCAAAGAGCCUUCUAUGAAAUUAAAAUUGAAGACAUUGAAAAUAGAAUAAAGAGAUUAGAAGAUCGAAAUGAAGAAUUAUUAGAAGAAAUUGAAGUUACAGAGGAAUCUUCAGCCACUGUAGAUGCAGAAACAGCUGAUGAAAUUACAAAUCUAAGCAAACAAUUUUAUGCUCAAGAUGCUAGAGUAGAAGAUUUAAAAGCUAAGAUCCAUAAUGUGGAAGAUAGCAGAAUAAAAGAGAAACAAUUACAUAAUGAUAGAGUAGAAUCAUUAAAUGAGCGAUAUGAAAAGAAGAAGAUUGAAUUAACUUCUCAGAACAAAGUUUUAACUGCUAAAAUUAAUGGUUUAGAAGAUUUUAAAAAGACACAACAUGGUUUAGAAGACAAAUUUGAAUUAAAUGAAAAACAAAUGAUAGAGAAUGAGGAAAGGGUGAAAGAAUUACUUGAGAUAGUUAGUCGAAAGUUUGAAUUUGAUAAAGAAAUGCUCAGAAAUGAAAUGUACAAUUGCCUUCUUGAUUUAGCAGCACAAUUUCAAGUACAAACUGAUAAACAUAUAAGUUUACCAAACAAGAGAUUAAUGCGAGAAAAUAUCAUGCUGAAAAAUGAAUUAUGGCAAAUUUCAAAACAAGUUUCAUUGCAAAAAAACAUUGAAUCUUUUCUCAAAAGUUCGUCUGUAGACCACAAGAAAAAAAGUGUUAAAAAGUCUUCAUAUGUAAGACAAAACAUAGUGACUGCAAAAAUACAGAAUGCUGUAUUGAAAUGUUUAAAAAAAAAAUUUGAGAACACAAAAGAGCAUUUUUCAUCAGUCACUAUCCCUGAUCUUGCAAUGGAAAACAAAUAUCUUACAUCAAUUGAAAAUGCCCGCUAUGAAGAAGAUAUAGUAAAUCUUCGAUUAUCAAAAUUAACUGUUAUGCUUGAAAAAGAGAGAGCAAGAAUAGGCACUGCAAAAUAUUUAAACAGAAAAUUAAAUUGUAAGAUAAAGGCAAUCAUUGAGACACUUUAUGAUCUGAAGUAUAUUGUAAAAUGUUUACUCAAGUGUCCUGAUAAGUAUCCUGAUAUAGCACAGUUGAAUUGUGUUCAGUUACUUUUGUUCCUAAGAAAUAUAUUCAUCACAGGGCAUUCUAAAGUUCAAUGUAACAUUAUUAAAUCGGUUGAGACCAUACCAGGAGUUAUGGGAUUUCUUACAAAAGAUCUGGAAGGUAUUACUGAUUUUGAUGUAAUUACGGAAUCUGAAGAGAAAGAUGAAAUUUCAGAUAAAAUGAAAUUUACUAUGGAUUUGGAUGAACCAAAAGAAAUAUCGAUUGAAAGUAUUGACAUUGAAGAACAGCUAUCAAAACAUAUUUCAGAACGUACAUUAUCUUUUGAUUUACAAGACGAUUUAAAAGAUGAUUUAAAAGAUUACAAAUCAUCUGAAAGUGAAGAAUAUAUAGAAGCUGAAUCUAUAUCUAGUAUUGAAGAAUAAGUUAUAUGCAAAUUUUAUUUUAAAACAGCUGGCCUUACAAACUUAUCUAAAUAUAUAUUUUUAAUUCUAUUAUUUACU